AGAAAAAUGAGGUAAAGAUACUCGUUGCCGCCUUUCUCUCAUCACCUCUAGCCUGAUAAUAAUCGUUUCUCCCUCCUCCAAUAUUUCAAUGCCUCUCUGAACAUUCUUGCAUUUUCUUGGGGAAACAUUUCUAAUUUUCUGAUUUGUUUCUCCCACCUCCGUUUUUUUGGGACGCUCCAAGAAAACCUCUUCCGGUUUUAAUCGGAAGGCGAAGAGACGAUCGGCGAUUUUCUUUGUUUUUUUUUUCUCAGAUGGCGCCGCGUCUUUUCGCCUGUUUCCGCGUCCACGGAUCAUCAACUUCCACCGCCGGAAAAGGAAUCUCCGGUCAUAACGCUGCCGUUGUAGCUGCCGAUGUUCCCGCAGGUGACGGACCUGUUCUCGUUCAACUCUUCUCUUCCCAGGGGUGCAAGACUUCUCCGGAGGCGGAGAUGCUCGUGUCGCGCCUAGGCCGUGGAGAUUUCGACGGUCAGAUCCGUCGUGAAGGUGGGGCUGGUUCUCCGGCGAUGGUUCUUGUUUUUCACGUUGAUUAUUGGGAUUACUUGGGGUGGAAGGAUCCGUACGGGUCGAGCCAAUGGACGGUGAGGCAAAAGGCUUACGUCGAGGCGUUGAACCAAGAUACGAUGUUCACUCCACAGUUUGUGGUUCAAGGUCGCGUCCAGUUCCUUGGCAAUGAGGAAGAUGCUCUUCUCAGGUCCAUCGUUGAAGCGCCUAGGUUUCCUUCUCCGGCGUUUCGGGCCACAUUUCAAAGACCAACCUCAGAAACCCUGCAAGUAUCUCUCACGGGAGCAUUGAGAAUGAAAGUGGACUCGAGCGGGAUGGAUAUAAUGGUGGCGCUAUACGAGAACGGGAUAGUGACUGAUUGCCCUCGGGGAGAGAACUCAGGGAGAGUCUUGUCCAAUGAUUACGUUGUAAGAAAGCUAGAAAAGUUAUGCACUGUUAAAGAUUUAAUGGCGAAGAAGAUUGUGUCGGGAACGGCUCAUUUCACGGUAUGGGAUGGGUUCAACAGUGCUAAAUGUGGUGUCGCUGUAUUUCUACAAAAUACUUCUCUUCAAAUUUUCGAUAUGUUUGCCCAACUAACCCACUCGAACACAAACGAGCUGUAACCUUAAUCGGUCCAGAGACGGCUUUGAGAGAAGUAUUAAAGACACAAGCCCAGCAACAGUAUAUAGCGAAGAAAAACAAAAAUAUUGCUUUCCAAAUAUGGGCUUUGCUUUGUAUAGUACGUGAUAAAAUGAAUGUAGAGCUGUAACGGGUUUACAUAAAUGAAUUGCGAAUCAUAUACAAACGUGAAUCAAGAUUUACAUUAUGGUAGCAAUUACGGUAGCUUAGGCUCUGGUAACCGUUCUUUGAUC